AUGGAGCCGACUGAUAUAUACAAGUACUACUCCAAAAGAGCCACGGAGUUCUUGAGGCCAAAGGAGAUUCGGAAGCAGGUUGAAGAGAUCAAGAGGAUGAAGGCAACUGUGGUUAUUUUUGAUUUCUGUGGCAAGAUUCCAUUGGUUUACAAGCUGUUUGCAGGUGUUAAAAAGGAAGUUUUUGUUGUGUAUGAUGCUUCUAAAUGCAAGGAGAGAAUAGAUGAAAUUUCCAGAGAUCAUGACCUAAUCUAUGUUCUUGAAGACAUACAAGCUGUGGAGAGAAGCAUUUUCCAUGAAAAUAGUAAUGCCAUAUUUCUUCUAUUCGAUAGAUUUAAAUUCAUUAGAUGCGCAUGA